AUGGGAAUAACCGUCCAAAACAUCACAGGAAACACGGCAAUGGUAAUUUGGCCAAAAAUGGCCAGUUGUACCGACAGCUUUUACAGCGUCAUGUACCACCCUAACUGGAACAGCAUGCUAUCGAGUUACUCGAGAAACAGCUUUCAGAAUGAAGAGAGAGUGCCUGCCAGUCGCUCCUCCUUUGUUGUUGAAAACCUAACUCCACUGACAACAUACCUGGUGUGCGUGACCUGCCAGUCCGCAAACCCCUCUGGUGACCAGUGCAGAGUUUUUAACACGCUGGAACGAGACCCUGCAUCCACAAGCAGCACCAAGAAGGAGCUGGCACUGGGCAUCUGGCUCACCAGCAGCAUCCUACUCUUCAUCAUCGCUGCAAUCCUCCUCUACAGCUGCCUGCACCUCCUGUGCCGCAGGAGACGUGAGCGUUUGCAAGGGCGAAAUGGGACCUCCAAACAAGACCACGGGAAGGCAUGGACCAACAGCAUGGCGUAUGCCUUUGAGGAGUUUGGCAGGCAGAGCCAACCGAUGGAGGACACUGAGGAAAAGCAUCCCAGUGGCAUUCAGCUGGCCACAAUCAUAAAGAAUCCCUCCACAUGCAAGGAGCCCAACAUGCUGACUUCCAAAAGCCAGGAACAAGUGCCAGCGGCAGGACAGAGCUCUGCUAUAAAUUAG